UCACCGACGGGUCUGUAGCUUCAGGACGUUCAUCGCGUCUGUGCUUUGAUCUUCACGAGUUUCAUUCAACUUGAAUUGAGCUCCGGACCUGCACCAUGCGCGCUCCCGGCUGUGUGGCCGUGCUCGUGCUGCUGGUGCACGAGGCGGCGGCUCGUGAGUUCACGGAGGGGGAGAUGAGUGGAGUCAGGCAACGCAUCAAGUCCAUGUUCUACCACGCCUACGACAGCUACCUGGACCACGCCUUCCCCUACGACGAGCUCCGCCCCCUCACCUGUGACGGGCAGGACACCUGGGGCAGUUUCUCUCUGACGCUGAUCGAUGCUCUCGACACUUUACUGGUUUUGGGAAACGAGACGGAGUUCCAACGAGUGGCGUCGCUGCUGCAGGACAACGUGAACUUUGACAUCGACGUCAACGCCUCCGUGUUCGAGACCAACAUCAGAGUGGUGGGCGGUCUGUUGUCGGCUCACAUGUUGGCAGGGAGGGCCGGGAUGGAGCUGGAGCCCGGUUGGCCGUGUGCAGGGCCGCUGCUGAGGAUGGCCGAGGACGCCGCCAAGAAGCUGCUGCCUGCGUUUCAGACGUCCACUGGGAUGCCGUACGGGACCGUGAACCUGCUGCGUGGCGUCAGUCCCACCGAGACGCCGGUCACCUGCACCGCCGGCGUCGGGACGUUCAUCCUGGAGUUCGCGACGCUGAGUCGACUGACGGGCGACAAGACGUACGAGGACGUGGCCCGGAGAGCUCUGAGGGCGCUGUGGAGGACCAGGUCUGACAUCGGACUGGUGGGGAACCACAUUGACGUGCUGUCUCAGAAGUGGGUCGCUCAGGACGCUGGGAUCGGAGCCGGAGUGGACUCGUACUUUGAGUAUCUGGUGAAGGGCGCCAUCAUGCUGCAGGACGAGGAACUGCUGGACAUGUUCCUGGAAUACGACCGGGCCAUUCAGAACUACACCCGGUUUGACGACUGGUACCUGUGGGUCCAGAUGCACAAAGGAACCGUGUCCAUGCCGGUGUUCCAGUCUCUGGAGGCGUUCUGGCCCGGCCUGCAGUCGCUGCUGGGGAACCUGGAGGACGCCGUCAGGACCUUUCAGAACUACGUCUCCGUGUGGAGACAGUUCGGAGGACUGCCCGAGUUCUACAGCAUCCCACAGGGCUACACCGUGGACAAGAGGGAGGGGUACCCACUGAGACCAGAGUUGAUCGAGAGCGCCAUGUACCUGUUCAGAGCCACCGGAGACCACGCCUACCUGCAGCUGGGCCUGGACGCCCUGGAGUCCAUCGAGAGGAUCUCCAGGACGCCAUGUGGCUACGCCAGUGUGAAAGAUCUGCGAGACCAUCAGCUGGACAACAGGAUGGAGUCCUUCUUCCUCGCUGAGACCAUCAAGUACCUCUACCUGCUCUUUGACCCCGCCCACUUCCUGCACGGUGGGGGGACGGAGGGGGACGGGUCCUGGGAGGAGGGCGGCGAGGGGGGCCAGUGCGUUCUAGGUGCGGGGGGGUUCAUCUUCAACACGGAGGCUCACCCUUUGGACCCGGCGGCGCUCUACUGCUGCAGCCGCCACGCUCAGGACCGCCGGGAGCUCCAGGACGUCCUGCUCAACCUGUCACAGCCAAACCGCCAAUCAAAACCGCCCGCCAAGGAGACAGAAGACCCGCCUCCUGGCCAAUCAGAAAGCAUCGCUCUGAAACCGGGCGAGAAGAAGACUCCUCCCCUGCUGUCGUGUCCCGUUCAGCCAUUCAGUGCUCGACUCGCCAUCCUGGGACAGGUGUUCAGCGACACCUGAUCCGAGCCGGAUCCAGACUGAACUGGUCUUUGACUCUGUGACGCUGGCGUUCCAGCGCCUGAAGCCGGUUUCCUGUCUCGCCUCAGGGACCCGGGUGGUUCGGGUUCAGGGAGACUCGACCCGAAUCCCUCUGAUGGAUUCACUGUGUUUCUCUAAUUUAAAAUGAAGCUGAAAUAUAUUUUUAUUUAUUAGAAACCAGCUGCUGUGAUUUCCUUCUUUCUUGUUUAUCGUUUUCAUUGUUCGGUUGUGGAUCAGGAAGUGGAGCGGGUUGUCCACCAACGUGAAGGUUGCUGGUUUGAUUCCAGCUCCCCCAGUCCACAUCUGGUAAAGAAAAAUAGAAUGUGAAAAUAAAUAGAUUGAAAUAGGACAAUCUGCAAGUUUCAGAUAUUUAAAGAACGCUUUGAGGGAAUUUCUUAAAAUUGAGAAUGAACAAAAGUCAGUGACCUCACAAACCUUUCUGCCUUGUGAACACAUGAUGGUGAGAACGAGAGGAUCAAGUCUUCACUCCGACUAACAGAUGAACUUUGACACACAAAACAUGUUGUUAGCAUCUUGAUCACGAUAUCUCAUGUCGGGAAUUUCUUCACAAGUUGCUACUUGGACUCAAGGUCAAAGGUCACAGUGACAUCAUGAGUCUGGGAUUUCUUUUUAAUUAAAAUAUAAUAAAAUGUCUGUAUGUUGGAGUAAAGAAUGAGAAGAAUCUAAUGUUACACCGGUUCACACUGAUCCAAAUUCACCAACGAACAUCCAGGGUCAAAUUUAAAGAACCUUUAGUUUCAACCAAAGACACCAGUGAGAUUUGAAAUGGGACCAUCAUCCCCUCAGUGUGUUCUCCUGGUGGUUUGGUUUGGAGCUGCCAGGAGGGGGCAGUAGAGGAGCAGGAAGUAGCACCACAGUGUU